AUGGCUCCAACUAUCAAGCUGAGCAGUGGCCAUAAGAUGCCCCAGGUGGGCUUCGGUCUGUGGAAGGUUGAUAAUGCUACUGCCGCCGACACUGUUUACAAUGCCAUCAAGACCGGCUACCGGUUAUUUGAUGGCGCCUGCGAUUAUGGUAACGAGAAAGAGUGCGGUGAGGGUGUGGCGCGUGCAAUUAAGGAGGGUAUCGUGAAGAGAGAAGACCUCUUCAUUACGUCUAAGCUAUGGCCUGUCUUCGAGGAUGGUGACAAGGUAGAGCCCGCCUGCAAGCGCUCCCUAUCCGACUGGGGUCUUGACUACUUCGACUUAUACCUGAUCCACUUCCCCGGUGCUCUAAAGUACGUCGACCCGGCCGUGCGGUAUCCUCCGGGGUGGCACUACGACGGCAAGUCCACUAUUGUCCGAUCCAACACUCCGCUGCACAUAACGUGGGCUUCUAUGGAGGGAUUGGUAAACAAGGGAUUGACCAAAUCGAUCGGUGUGUCAAACUUCCAGGCGCAACUGAUCUACGAUAUGCUGCGAUACGCAACCAUUCCUCCAGCUGCUCUGCAGAUCGAGCACCACCCAUAUUUAGUGCAACAGGAGCUGUUGAAUCUCUGCAAGGCUGAGGGUAUCGCCGUCACGGCCUACUCCUCCUUCGGCCCUGCUUCUUUCCUCGAGUUCGGAUUCAAGCAUGCCGAGGCCCUCGUACCCUUGAUGAAGGACGACCUAAUUACCAGUUUGGCCGAGAAGUACAACAAGCAGCCCUCGCAGAUUCUGCUACGAUGGGCUACUCAACGUGGCCUUGCCGUUAUCCCUAAGACGGUCCGUCCCGCGAUUAUGGCCCAGAACUUGGACAGUACCGGAUUCGAUCUCGAGCCGGCUGAUAUCGACAGUAUCACUGCUAAGGAUGCAGGCAUUCGCUUCAACCAGCCUUCUAACUACUUCGACACGGAUAAGAUGUGGAUUUUUGGUUAA